GCAGCGAGGAUCCCCCUAGGCACGGUCCCUAAGCUCGACUUGCAUAACAUACCGCGCUAGGAUCCACCACGUAAAAGCCGAAGACAGAGGGAGAGAAACGGGGGGCCAAGAACGCGAGGAUGAAGAACAGGAGCAAGAUCACAAAGUUCCCGGUGGCGAGGAUCAAGCGGAUAAUGCAGAAAGACGAAGACGUCGGCAAGAUGUCGCAAGCGACACCGAUCGUGAUAUGUGCGUCCCCUCGUCGUCGCACUCCCAAAGCCCUCGAGCUCUUCCUCGGCCAGCUCGUGGACGAAGCCGCCAAAGUCACCUCCGACCGCGGCUCGAAGCGCGUCGAAGCCUACCACCUAAAACACGCGGUCGAGACCGUCGAGAUGCUCGACUUCCUCAAAGAGAUCGUCGAAGCCGUCCCCGACCCCUCCGCGGGCGGCACGAUCCCCAUCGAGCCCAAGUCCUCCGCCUCCGGCGCGGCAUCGCGGCGCGCCCAGGCCUCCCACUCGUUCUCCUCCGCGCCCGACGUCGACGAAGACUCGGACGGCGGGGAGCCGAAGAAGAAGAAGCGCGUGAGGAAGAAGAAGGUCGCGCCGAUAGGAGACGACGGAGCAGGGGCAGGAGGCGCGGAGGCGGCGCCGAAGAAGAGGAGGGCGGCGCCGAGGAAGAAGGUGGGUGCGCCGGCGUUGCCAGGGAUGGGCGUUGGUCUGGGGGAGGAGAGUAUGACGGUGGACGCGGCCGAGCCGGCGAGGGAGAGAGGGAUGCGGGAGGAGGCGAUGGAGCAGGAUUACGACGAGCGGGAGGAUGAGGGUGGGUAUGCGUCCGGACCGGCGAGGGCGCGUACGGACGACGAGGACGACGAGGAGGAUUGAAGACGAACUGCCGAAGAAGCAAUACCUUAUAUAUGUGCUCGUCGCGCGUGUUGUCCUUUGCUCUGUAUCUUUAUCUGCGGGUCUCAUUGCACGACCUCCUCGGGCACGUGCGACGAGCGCUCGACCCCGGGCAGAC